AUGACAGCAUCCAAAAAGCUCAACCCCAAGACACCAGAUCAGAUCGCAUUGGCCGACAAGAUGCGCGAUGCUGUGGCCAAGCGUUACACUCCAUGGAAAGAUCGAAAGCACAAGCCGAAGCGUCGCCACAAAAGCUUUGAUGAAGCUAUUCGCGAUUCCCAAAGAAUUUCCAAUGUCCGCAAGGACGAUGUGAUCUUUGGACGAGGUAGAGCCUAUCAGAACCAUCCUGGCAACAGGAGAAUGAGGGCUAUCGUCCGUAAGUACAAGGCUCGAUACGAUUCCAUCCAUCGAUCCAGAAAACGUGAAAUUGUUGAGGCUGCGUACUCUGAGAUCACUCAAGAUGGUGCAAGAUUUCUGCACAAGUCUAGAGAGGAGAUCACCUUUGCUGUGGUAGACAUGCAUGUCUCUUUGCAAAAGGUGAGGAACACACUUGGUGCCAAAGUCAGCAUGGUUGGUGACGAGGAAGAUGCAAGUUCUUUGCCUUUAACAGAAACAACGUCGUUUGAAGCCACCGCAAAAGCAAAGUCUGUUGUCGACUCGGCCAACAGUGACAAGCAACAGAAACAAGGGUUGCCCCAAUCGUUACUUACGGCACUCUUCCCUAGUGUCCAACCACAGCAACAAGGUUUGCCCCAAUCUUUGCCCUCAGCUGCACUCCUACCGUGUCAACAAUCCCAUGUUCCUUUACUGCCACUAUCUCAUGGUAAUGUGCUCCCAUCGCUGCACGGCCCCGAGAUGGUUGCUUCUUCUUCUGCUCGGACUCCUCAUCCCAUGAUGAACAGUAAUGAAAGCAUUGCAACGAGGAUUGCAGGUUUGAUGGAAAGGAGAAGACACUUUGAAACACUUGGGAUGGCUGGAGCAGCAGGAGGGUUGAUGAUGAACCAUCAUUCUCCCCUCUCACUUGGGCCAAGGAUCGCCGGACCACUUGGUUGCCUUGGUGCUGGAUAUCCAACCCCAUCCUCAUCAUCCUCAUCCUCUUCUUCAACCUCGUCUUCAGUACUACCGGCAUCAUUAGCAUCGGCACCAUCAUCGUCAUUGCAAGAGAUGCUUUUGUAUGAGCAACAAUACCUUUCUGCUCGACGAGCAUUAAUGAUGUAG